ACAGGAUCAGAUCAGAGAGCUGCAGCCGUCUGAGGAUGGCGAUCCAAGACAGAACUGAUCUCUGUUUCCCACAUCUCCUCAACAGCUCCUGCAGGAAGCCCACACUUCACUGGUCUGAAGCCGUUCUCCUGAACUCUGUGCUGCUCUUCAUCUCACUGAUCACUGUAGUGCUCAACCUCCUCAUCAUCAUCUCAGUCUCACACUUCAGGCAGCUCCACACUCCUACAAACAUCCUCCUCCUCUCUCUGGGUGUUUCAGACUUUUUUGUUGGUCUCCUGCUGAUGCCUUUUGAAAUCUACAAAUUUACAUUCUGCUGGAUUCUUGGAGACGCCAUGUGUGUUUUGUUUUGUUUUUUGAUUAAUACCAUCCUGGUUGUUUCGAUCUGGAACAUUGUCCUGAUAUCAGUCGACCGCUACGUAGCCAUUUGUUACCCUCUGCAUUACCCCACCAGAAUCUCGUUGACGAGAGUCAAAUAUUGUGUUUGUCUGUGUUGGUUCUGUGCUUCUUCCUGCAGCUUAUUCUAUUCAAAGGAUGAGCUGAUUCAGCCUGGCAGAAGUAAAUCCUGCACUGGAGAAUGUAUAUAUUAUUUAAGCUAUGCUGCAGGAAUAAUUGAUCUAAUUUCUAAUUUCAUACUUCCAGUAACAACCAUCAUAGUUCUGUAUUUGAGAGUAUUUGUGGUGGCUGUGUCUCAGGCUCGUGCCAUGCGCUCUCACAUUACAGUCGCCUCGUUUCAUUCAGCGACAUCAGGAACAAAGAAAUCAGAGUUAAAAGCAGCCAGGACUCUGGGGGUUCUAGUUGUUGUAUAUCUAAUGUGUUACUGUCCAUAUUACUGUUACUCUUUAGUUGGGAUUAGUUUAACUAAUUCCCCUUAUGCAUUUUCUUUGGUUUUCCUCUGCUAUGUUAACUCUUGUCUGAACCCUGUGAUCUACGCCCUGUUCUACCCCUGGUUCAGAAAAGCUGUUAAAGUCAUUGUUACUCUACAGAUACUGCAGCCUGGCUCACAUGAGGCCAACAUACUGUGAAUACACUGCUGACUGACAAACAACAGAUAACAAUUUUUUUUUUUUGUAAAUUAAAAAAAAAAUAUUGUGACAUCAGAAAACCCCUUGUAACAUAACCACUAUGUUAAUUUUUUCCUGAAUAAUUAUAUUAAAAAGCAAAUGUAUCAAACUGUCUUGUAGAACAGUUGCAGUGAUUUCAUUGUUAAAAAUCAUUCUGAAUUUCCACUGUUUAUAACUGAGUUGGGUGAAACAUCAUGCUGUUUUCAGGU